AAUAUUUUAAUUAUACAGAGAGUGAAUGGUUGUGUAUGGUGUAUAGUUGUCUGCCUGUUUAUCACCUGAUGACGUCAUGCAUACCCCGCCCUCCGUCAACUUCUUUCCAACACUCCAACAACACCACCAACAACAACAAUAAACAACACCCAAAAUGCCGAAAUACACCGCAAUCAUCUCAUACAACAGCCGCGAAGCCUACCAGCAGCACGGCAGCCAGAUCGAGCAGAUAGCAAACGAUCUGUUCAAAGCAAAGGGUGCUACCGAGCAGACCCCGUUCUUUUCCACCCGGAGCAUUCCCCCUUCUCAUAGGACCUCGUUUGUUCUGCCUGAUGGUGCAUCCGCAGAUGAGCUGAGGAGCGCUGCUCUGCCGGAGGGCGUGAGUUGUCAGAUUAACGAGGCGUGAAUCCUGGGUACAUAGCUUAUGUAGAUACUACAAUCUAUUUCAUUUCUCUACCGUGGUGGACUUGUAGGAUGGUCCAGUAUCGACCUGUGUAUUGUAACUGCGUUUUCUUUGUAGCAAUUGAAUGGCCAAUACUUACAGGAAUACCGC